CAAUUAAAUGGAAGAUAGCUUGCUUCCAUUAAAGUUGCCGAGUGGGAAAAGUACCGGGAAAAAGUUCGAAGGUGUUCUGCUGCAAUUUACUGUUCAGGCGAAAGACGCGAAAGCCCGCAAAAGUCGAGCAGGAGCCUCUCCUCUCCUCGUCUCGUUUCCUGUUGUCGGUCAUUGUUAGCGGUUUUCGGGCGCGCAUCCGCUCGCGGAGAAAGCGGAUCGCCUCGGAGCGAUGCGCACCUCCUUCUGUUGCGGCCGCUUCCGCCACGGUACGUGCGGUUUCCGGUGCGUGGCGCACGUACGAUAUCGGCUGCGAUAUACCACCGCCAUCCACGUAUCGAUACUCAGUCGGAACUAGACUGUCGGUCGCGCUGGUCGUGGUCCUCGUUCUAGUUACACCUUUUCUAUACUCACCUGCGCGAGUCUUCCAUCGUUAUUGUUUCUCGAUUUUAUUCAGAAGGUGAUUGUGCAAUUUUGUGGAUAGACCGUUGUUUCAUUCGUUUUUAUCUUCUUUAUUUAAUGCGAUUUUGUGGAGGUAUUUCAUUGUUAUCGUAUCUCAAUUUUUGUUAACAAGAUUCAGUGGCACUUUUGUGUGGACUUUUAUUAUCGUUAUUAUUUUUCUUUUUUUUUUUUUUUUUUUUUUUUGAAUUGGUUUCCUGUGAAACUUUUGAACGGAGUGUGAUAUUUUUUAAAGAAUUUUAAUUUUGAUCGAUCGAAGGAGAGUGUCAGUUCGCGUCAUUGACGAGGAACAUUGUUUUUCUUUUAUGUACAUAUAUAUAUAUAUAUACAUAUUUAAAAGUGAAACUGUUACGGUGAUAAUUGUGAGUAGUGAGACUCCGACAACAAAAUUCAAUUUCCUUGUUAGCUUGGUAAUUAGUGCUAUCGAGGACGAAGAUAAAACAUUAUCUUAAAAAUUGUCUUAUCGACUUCCUGAGGGUCUAUCGUGUGUCCACUUGUUUGCCCGAGUUAAAAGUGCCGAAAAGUGUCGCCAUAGUCACCAUAAUUAUUGGAACUAAAUUAUUUUACACAAUCCGUUUGCAAGACAAGACAAAUUCUAUCCGAUGCACGUCUAUCAAUUACUUUUAGAAUAAAUAUCUCAUAAUAAAAAUAAAAUCUUAAACAUAAUAUCGAGGACCGCUAUCUAAAGUCGCGAACUUAGCCACGUCUUAGAAGCCAGAUUUCUCUAAAAAUCAACCCUCGAAAAAAAAAAGAACAAAAAAAUAUUUACAACAGGACCAACUCUCCCCAAAAGCUUGACCUACUGAAAUUCAAAGAACGAUAUCUGGAAUUCCCUGAGAAUCGGUGCCCAAUGUCCGACCAAAUAGCAGUCGACAUUCGAGCGUCCAGGAGCAACCAACUCGUGGAUUCGCGUGGUUCCCCAGGCCCAGUCACGGUCCAAGCGUAUCCUGAAUGCACCCUGGGAAUAUCCUGGCGGGAAUAUCCACGCAUUCCGUAUCAACGAGUUAUGAAAUACCGACGUGGAAACGCUCGGCCUGCUUCGAGAGCACCAAGAUCGUCCAGUGCAGGUACCAACAAUCUACCACCGUUGACGUUCCAUCAGGUUCAUGGCGACAAUAUCACGCUCUGCAAUGGCGGGACCAUCGCCAGAAGACACGAAAGCUUCUGCAAGGGCAUCACGUUUAGCGCCAGGCCCGUACGAGUCGGCGAGAAGGUGUGCGUCAAGUUCCUCGAGAUCUCCGACAACUGGAGCGGCGUGAUAAGGUUCGGUUUCACGAGCAACGACCCCAUCAACCUUCGAAACGGUCUGCCCAGGUACGCCUGUCCAGACUUGACGAACAAACCAGGCUAUUGGGCGAAGGCUUUGACCGAGAAGGUGGCAGACAGAGACGCCGUCCUGUUCUACUACGUGACGUCGGCCGGCGACGUCCAUUUCGGCGUGAACGGCGAAGAAAAUGGCGUGUUCUUCAGCGGCGUGGAGACUCGCGGCCCCUUAUGGACGAUCAUCGACGUCUACGGCAACACCACCGCCAUCGAGUUCGUUGAUCCCAACAGACAGCACUUCAACAACAUCAGGAGAGGCGCCGAGCAUAGCAACGAGGACAAUGCGCAGCACAGCAGGCACUCGGCCAUGGACGAUGCCAGCAACGCCGGCAGGGACCUCGAGAGGAUCAUCCUUCCGUCCAUGCAGAGCAUGUCUAUCCAUCACGAGCCCGACGUCGAGCUGCCAGGGCUCAGGUUUCAACCGGCAGGCGUCAUCUUCACACCGUUACCUUUCCACCCGACUCGAGGCAGGAACAUCCGCUUCAGUAACCAGCAGUGCGUGGCAACGCGCACCGACACGGAAUUCUGUCACGGUUACGCGUUCACGGGUCGACCGUUGCUGCUCGGAGAGCGCCUGGUGGUGCAAAUACUCGCCACAGAGCCGAUGUACGUCGGCGCUCUAGCGAUGGGUCUGACCUCCUGCGAUCCUGCUCGCCUAACAGCCGAAGACCUACCCGACGACAGCGAUCUCUUGCUGGAUCGUCCCGAGUACUGGGUGGUUUCUAAGGACGUGGCCUCUAGCCCUCAACCUGGCGACGAGAUAGCCUUCACAGUGACCCACUUUGGAGAGGUUCAAAUGAGCAAGAACGGCGGUCCUCCAAACGUGGUGAUGCAUAUCGACCAGAGUCUGCAGCUCUGGGCGUUCGUCGACGUGUACGGUAGCACUCAGCGGGUCAGAAUGCUGGCCAGCAGACCCACGUCUCCACCGCGACAACGACAAAGCAACUCAUCUCCGGCCACUAUCGUUCAGCAGCAACAGCAACAGCAGCAGUUCUCGAAUCACAGUAACGCUGCCACCGAGCUCUCCAGAUUCUCCGAAAUGGUUCAGUUUAAGCCGGCUGUAGGCGGUGGCACGGUCCUCGUGGUGAAUCUACCGCCACAAACCAGCUGCCCGACGCCACCCUCGUCCACACCUCAGCCCACCUACGCCUCCGCGGGCCACAGAAAUCCUCAUCUGCACCUGCCACCAAGCGCCCUGGCGUCCACGUCGCAUCCAGGAUCAUCCAGACAGACCUCGGCGCCGUUGACGGGCACCAUGGCCAGCACGGGUUCCUCCACUUACGUCGAUCCCGUCAACUACCAGAGUAUGGACGGCACCCUCACGUCCCAGGCGUCGUCGCACUUGCAACAGUGGAGCGAGGGCCUUCAACCCACUCCUGGACAACCCAGCGAGUGCUCCAUCUGCUACGAGAGGAGCAUCGACAGCGUCCUGUACAUGUGCGGACACAUGUGCAUGUGCUACACAUGCGCCAUCCAGCAGUGGUGCGGCAAGGGCGGCGGACUCUGCCCGCUCUGCAGGGCGCCCAUCAAGGACGUGAUUCGUAUUUACAGAUCCUGAACAACGGUGCAGGGUCUGCGCGGAAGGAACAGUUCCAAGGGCUGAUGUCUCCUGAUUCGUUAAACUCGUCUCCUCUGCGACUAGGCAAACGGCGUGCUUCGCUCGUGGAUCGCUGUUCCGUUGUUUAUGGCACGCGCUCGUUGUUCUCGUCUGCGACGCGAAACUGUGCUCGGGACGGUGGGUAUCCUCGAGUUCUUUUUGAAGAGGGACUUCUAUGAUCGUUAGGAGAUAGAGGAGGGACGGUGGUUUGUGCCGAUUCUCAGGACCGUCGUUGAGAGAGAAAAUUAAACAGAUCUGUGUUGUUGUCUCGAGACUCUUGUCGAUCAGAAUGUCGUUAGAGAGAUGGAGAUGCUUCCACGGUACAUGGUCUGCCACCGUCGCCACCGCGAGACGAGAACGCGAGACGUGUUCCUCUAGACCCAGCGUGGUCGUCGAUCAGCGAAUCCUUAACCCAGAUUGGUGGUAUUCGCGGUGUCGCUGGCAAAAUUGCUUUAGUCUUCGAGCGAGUGACCACAGUGAGCUUUCGAGAACAGGAGGGACUAGAGAAUGAGUGAGUGUAUAUGAGCGGGAGAGAAAGUGACAGAGCGUGAUUGAGAGUGAAACAAAGAGAAAGGGCUCGUCGAGACUAUCGGCUCUCCCUCGUAUUAGAGUUUUUGAUCUAUGGUCAUCCCUUGAAUGGGCAACGAUUCUCGUACGAUGGAGAGUCGAUAGCCUGGCGGAUACCCGAAGCAUUGAUCUUCGAUAUUUUCACAAUCGACAUUAUAUAUAUAUUAUUGCUACCAUCGCCAAUUAAUGUUAACGUUACUAUUAUUACGCUCACCGCUGCUACAAUUCUCAGCCUUUAGUUCUUAUUAUUUUUAUCAUUACAAUUAUUCUUAGUAAUAUUAUUAUCACGAUCCGACAUCAUAGUGGGUCGUGUUACAUUUAUUAUUUUUAUCGAGUAGACGUUGCUAUUGACGGAGUACGAUUGCCUAUUAUCGUUGUUUUUAUCGCUCCAGACACAUCGAUGUCUCGGCGUCGUACAUUUGGUAUCUUAUUUAAUACAACCCGUGUGAUUACGUA